AUGGGAAAUGUGUGUUCUUGUGCUAAACCCAAGCCUAAACUCGUCCAAAAGUCCGGUAACCCUCCACUCCAAGUCAAAGCAGGUGAGCAAAACGCUUUAUUAGACCGCUUAGGAACUGCCCAAGUAAAACUUUUGCAAGAUAAAUUCAAAGCAAUCCAACUCAACGGUGGUCUAGAUCUCAAAGGAUUCAAAAGUAUGCUCCCUCUUAUCUCCCAACUCCCUGUCCCCGUCGUCAAAUCUGCUUUUCAGCUUUUUUGUUCAAACAAUAUCGAUAAAAUUACCUGACAAAAUUUCUGUUUGACGAUCUCUCAAUAUGUAUUAGGCCGAAGCGAGGACAAAUGUCGGUUUAUUUUCAAAAUUUUCGACAUUACCAGCAAAGGCUAUUUGCAAGGCAAAGACCUCCAAGCUUUACAAAGACAUUGCUCCAAUGCUAUAAGGCUACCGACCUCCUCUUCUGCUUCAGACGUGACAAAUAUUUUUGAAGCCUGCUUAAAAGACGGAAAACCUCUAAUGUUUGACGAUUUUAAGCUCUGAGCAAUUGAGCAUUUAGAAUUGCGGAAAGUUAUGGAAUAUUUUGAAAUUAUUCCUUCACCAAUUAGUGAAAAAGAAAUAAUUAAAAAUAUUUUGAGAGAAUAUGAGAGAAUUGGACUCAGAGAAGGCGAUAAAUGGAACGUUAUUUCUUAUAGAUGAUUUGAAGCGUGGAGAAAGUACGUGGAUUUUGAGUAUGAAGAGCCAGAAGAUAUUGACUCGCCGCCUGAUGUAAAAAUUAGAUCGAAAUCUGCAAUGUAUGGGGCAAGGCCGAUUGAAAUUAAUAAUCAUGAAUUAAGAAGUUAUGAAAAUCCGUUUAAGCUAGCUGAAAAUAUUAGAGAUGGAGGAGAGUAUUUGUGUAUACCAAAUGAAGCGUGGACUAAAUUAGUAAGCUGAUAUGGAGGAGGACCUGAGUUUUUAACUCCCCCCCUCCGUGAGAUAACAAAAAAAAAUUUUGUUCGGGGUUAAUUUUUUUUUAAAAAAAUUUAUAUAUAAAUUUUAUAGAAAAUAUUUUUUUUCGAAAUUUAAAAAAAUCCUAAUUCGCAAAAAUUGGAAAGCAAAUAUUAAUUUAAUUUGUAAAAUUUAUGUUUUAAAAAGCAAUUUGUUUAAAAUUAAACAGAAUUGGCUCUAGAUUUCAUUAUACUAAUUAUCACUUAUAUAUCAAAAUUUUUUUCCCUAAACAAUUUUUUCUAACUCCCCCCCCCUCUCCGUGAGCGAACAAAAAAAUUUUGUUCACUCACGGAGGGGGGUUAAUUUUUUUUUUUAAAAAAAAUUUAUAUAUAAAUUUUAUAAAAAAUAUUUUUUUUUCGAAUUUAAAAAAAUCCUAAUUUGCAAAAAUUGGGAAGCAAAUAUUAAUUUAAAUUGCAAAAAUUUAUGUUUUAAAACGCAAUUUGUUUAAAAUUAAACAGAAUUAGCUCUAGAUUUCAUUAUACUAAUUAUCACUUAUAUAUCAAAAUUUUUUUUCCAUUAAAAUUUUUUCUAUUAAAAAAAUUUUUUGUUCGCUCACGGAGGGUGGGUUUUUGGUCAAAAAAUGGUGAUUUUUCUAAUGGUUUUGUUCGCUCACGGAGGGGGGGGGGGGGAGUAAAGAAAUUUUUGUUCACUCACGGAGGGCAAAAAAUAGGGAUUUUUCUAAUGGUUUUGUUCACUCACGGAGGGGGAGAGUAAGAGAAGUUAUAAUAGAAAAUAAUAGACCGACAAUAGAGCUGUAUCCUGCAAUAUUGAAUAUUCUUGUGAAAAAGAGCAAUGCAUCAUCAUUUUCAAAGGAGCCAAUAGUGCUGGUUUUUUCAAAAAAGAAAAGAGUCCAAGCUGUGCUUGAUAAACUUAUGUCGAAAUUAAAUUUAGAAGGAGAGCCAAGACUAUGUCUGAUUGAAGGAGACGGUUUUAAAGCUCUUGAACCUAAUUGAACCUUAGAGCAAUGUGGGUUAAUUGAUGUCAAAAAAUGUGCAUUUGAAUUAGUAGAUAAAAGAUCAGACGAGGAAUAUGUCCCGUCAGAUCUGAUUAUUGAAGAAUAUAAAGAAGGAGAUCCUGUAGAAUAUCAAGAAAAUGACAAUUGGAUGUCAGGAAACAUAAAAGAAAUCAGGGAAAAUAAAUAUAUUAUCGCAAUCAGCUGAAAGCCUACACCUAUUGAAAUAUUAAAAAAAGAUAUUAGCAAGCUGAGAAAACCAUCAAGGAUAUGCAUUUCUAAUGAUGAAGUAUCAGGAGCAACUGGGCUAUGAAACAUGGGAAAUACUUGCUAUGUAAAUGCGAUUGUACAGCCUUUAUCACAUACCCCGCUAUUUUCGGAAUUUUUUUCGAGUGAAGCUCAUAUUGCAUAUAUAAACGCAACAAAUCCAAACGGAUCUAAAGGGAAAAUAGCGAAAGAGUUUGGAGGGUUGCUAAAAGAGCUAAAGCAAAGCAAGGUUAAAUGCAUUAAGCCUGUAAAAUUUAUUUCUGAGUUCAUAAAGGUUUAUGAUAUUUUUAAAGGAAAUGACCAGCAUGAUAGCCAUGAGUUUUUAAGCAUGUUACUUGAUGGGCUUCAUGAGGAUUUUAUACUUUUUUGUAUUGAAUUAAGAUAUCGUGCAUUAUCAAUACGUUCCCCUCAUCAAAAUUAAUCUGAAACCUUAUUUCAAUAAAUCUUUAAGCUUUUUAAGCUGCAUAAAAUUCAUAAUACUAUAUUCAAAUAUUAUAGUAUAAAUAGAAGAUCAGAAGAAGCAAAAAUCACACAAUCUGCAACUUUAAAAAAUCCUUCCCAGCAGCAAGAAAUCCAAACAAGCAGAGAACAAUGGGAGCAGCUUCAAGGCGAACGCGGAAGCGUAAUUUCAGAUUUAUGUGGUGGUCAAAUUCGCAAUUGCCUAACAUGUCCUUCUUGUAGUGACAAAAAAGUAAGGUUUGAGCAUUUUAUGGAUUUAAGCGUCCCAAUCCCAAUAAAAGAAAACGACUUGUCUAUAGUUUUGACAUUCAUCCCCAGAAAUUCCACGAAAUAUAGAAAAUUGAAAAUAAGAGUGGCCAAAGAUGACCCAAUAGAAGCAUUAUUAAUAAACAUCCAAAACAAAACUCAAGUUAGCCCAAGCAAGCUUAUAUUUGGCUUCAUAGACGAUUCAUUUAUUACUCAUGUUUUUCAGCCUACAGAAAUCAAUGAGUGCAUCCCACCCAAAAAAUCAGUCAGCUUAGUCGCUUAUGAAAUCAUCACUUCUAUUGAAGAAGGCGAAAAUGAUGGAAAACCUACAAUAAAAAAGCCUGUCGAAGAAAACUGAAGAGAUAUGCUAAAGCCCGGCCAGCUUGUUGACUAUUUAUGCAUUGGGAAAGGAUGAAUUGCGGGUGAAAUACAACAAAUUAAAGACAAACACAUAGAAAUUACGCUAGAAGACGACUCCGCACCUCCUAUAGUAGCUAAAUUUAACAGCUCUAAUAUAGCUCCAUUUAGGCACCAUACUACAAACGACGAUAAUAUUCUGAAAAUCAAAAUAAUCCACGCAAGAAGAGCCAAAACCAAUGAAUAUUUCAGCGUCCCUAUUUUAUUAACAAUUGGAAACUGAUACACAUGGAAAGAACUGUACAUGAAAAUUACAGAGCUCUGCACAAAAAUGGUGAAAAAUCCUCCAGAAAACUUAAAAGACAGCAUGAGCUUAUUCGUCCUCAGCAAUGAAACAAUGGCAUGUGCAUUAUGUUCAAAGAAAAAUUGCAAUGGCUGCAAAUUUUUAGAUAGUAAUGACUCUAUUAAGUGGUUUGAAGAGAAAACAGAAGAAGUUUUCAUUUGUGUGUACUGGAGGAUGUCGUUGUAUAAUAAACUGGUAAUACCAAGAGAAAUUGAAGAUUAUGAUGUUUUUAGCAUUUAUGACUGUUUGCAUCAGUUUACACAGCAGGAAACGCUAGAUAUGAUUUGCAAAAAAUGCCCAGAGCAGAAAAUAGUAGGGCAGACUGAAAUAUGGAGGGUUCCGGAUAUUUUGAUUAUCCAUUUGAAAAGGUUCAGAUAUAACAAAAAUAGGCUGGAAAAAAUCUGCAAUACUAUAAAUUUUCCAUUAGAGUCCCUUGAUAUUAGCUCAUGGAUGCUGAGCUCAGAGAAAACAGUUGGGAAUACAGUUAGUACUACAAGAGAAAAUUGUAUGUAUGAUUUAUUCGCAGUAGUAAAUCAUUCUGGUGGAAGUGUAGAAGGAGGGCAUUAUACGUGCUAUUGUUUACAUAAAACUGAAGAAAAAUCAACUUGGCUUUAUUUUGAUGAUGACAGAGUUUAUUCAGUAACUGAAGAUGCUGAAAAAGAAAUUGUAACAUCUAGGGCUUAUAUUUUGUUUUAUAGAAGACAAAGGUUUGCUCCAAGUAAUGUAGUCAAUCUUUUUGCAUUAAAUUAA